AUGGACGAAGACGCAAGAAAGAAAUAUUGUCAUCUUUUGAUGUUUGAUGUUGUUGAAGAAGAAGAUCAGAGAAAAAAGAAUUCAUCAUCUUUUGAUUUGCCAAUUGAAAAUUCUUUUUUGAUUUAUAAUAAUAAUCAUCAUCAUCAUGCAAAUGAUGGUGAAAAUAUUCAACAAAUUAACAUUAAUUCGUCAUCAUUGUCACCAACAAAAUUAUUAAAAUCAAAACGUAAAAAACGAUCAAAUAAACCAAAAAGAACUCCACGUCCACCAAAUGCCUUUAUACUUUAUCGCAGAGAAAAGCAAUCCGAAGUGACUGCGAAAAAUGACAAAUUAACUAAUGCCGAUGUCUCAAAAGUUAUUUCAAAAAUGUGGUGGAAAGAAUCCGAACAAGAAAGGUUUAGAUGGGAAAAAACUGCCGAUCGUAUGAAAUUACUUCAUAUGCAAGAAUAUCCAGAUUAUGUUUAUAAGCCAAAAAAAUCUAUUAACAAAAAACGUAAAAAAAUCAUUCACCAAAAAAUCAACAACAACGCUGAAUCUACUUUUGCUGAUAAAACUAAAUGUGAAUGUGUUUCAUCUGCAUUAAAAAAUGAAUAA